AUGAGCGCGGCGAGGUCUCGGCGCUGCCGCCGCCUCCGCUUCCUCCGAGCUGAGCGACUCCGCCGGGGAGGGGCCUCGCACCGGCCGCCGGCCGCCCGCCCGGGCAGCUCCAGGCGGCGGGGGCGCGGGGAGGGCCCCGGGUCAGCCGGAGACGGGUGUGAGUGGGCCCGGAGCCUGAGGAGGGUGAGGCCGGGUAUCGGCUCCGAGCGUGCGGGGCGGUGGAGACUCGUGGAGGGGGCCCGGGGUCGGCCUGGAGCGGCCUGGGGGCGGUGGGGGCGCGGGCGGCACGGGGCUGGCACGGGGCUGGCACCGGGGACGGGGGCGGUCCGCGACCCGCAGCCCGGACCCGCCCACCUGCCCAGGUGCCCAGGUGCCCGCAGGCCGGGACUCGCCGGGAGGCGCCUUCGGUGCCGCACCAGCCGAGAAACUGCCCCGGGGCCACGAAGCAGCUGCAGGACCCAGGCUCCUCUGACAUCACAUCAGCACAGAAAGGAAGACCCCACCUCAAUUCUGCCAAGUGGGGGUGAAAUUCCAUCACCCUGGCUGGGAGGAUGUCAAGUAAAGAUGAGGUCAUUAGCUGUGGUGGGCCCUAAUCCAAUGACUGAGUCCUCAUAAAGAGGGGAAAUUUGGACACAGAGAUACACUUAGAGGGAAGAUGAGGUCAAGACACAGGAAGAACACCAUCUGCAAACCACAGAAUGCCUGAGGCUACCAGAAGCUAGAGGAUAGGCAUGGAAAAGAUUUUCCUUCACACCCCUCAGAAGAAACCAACCCUGCCAAUACCUUGAUUUCAGACUUCCAGCCUCCAAAACUAUGAGACAAUAAAUUUCUGUUAAGCCUCCCAGUUUCUGGUACUUUGAUAUGGCAACCCCAGAAAUCGAAUAUAUUCAUGAUACAGCAUAUUAUCAGUACUUCAUUCCUUUUUAUUGCCAAAAUUAUUCCACUGUGUGGCUGUAUGACAUCUGGCUUAUCCAUUCAACAUUUGGGUUAUUUUGACCUUUUGGCUAGUAUUAAAAUGCUGCUGUAAAUAUCGGCGUACAAGUUUCUGUGUGGACAUGUUUUAAUUUCUCUUGGGUAUAUACCUAAGAAUGGAAUUGCCAGGUCAUAUAAUUCUAUGUUUACCUUUUUAAAGA